CAAGCUUCAAGGGGAUGGAAAAAACAAUCAAAACAGGUUUUGGGGAUCGACUUUUAAUUUGACUCCUUCAAGGUUACCGUUAGUCCACUGUCACUGGUUUUUAUAAAUGUGAAAAUAACCGGUUUUAAGGUCAGUGCGUAAGCCCAGAGAAGAUGACAUGAGAAUGUCGAUUGUCGUGAAAAUAAUAGGUUCCACCCCCGGUAUUAUUCCAAUUAACGAUGGAUUGUCCUUCGAAGAUGUUUGCACACAAUGCUGUCGCGAUUUGGAAAUCAGCCCUGCGUCACGAUACCUUUUCGCCCUAAGAAACGAGACAACGAAACUCUAUGUAAAUCCAUCAGACCUUCUGGAAGCUGGGAAUGAUUCCUAUGAGUUGAGACUGCGAUUUUGGCCUGCGCUUAUCAACCUUUCAAAAAUUGGGACCAAAGCUCUCAACUAUUUCUAUCGCCAAGUUUGUGAAGAAUUUGUUGAUGGCCAGAUUACAGCAUUCAACAACAAAGCCAAUCAAAGUGUCGCUUUGGGUUUAGCUGUUACAGCUAUGUAUUGCCACAUGAAGGACUAUGGUGGUAAAAUGAGUGAAGUCUUAACAAAUUACAAAAAAUUUGUCCCGAAGAUGGUAAGACGCAAUUCAAACCUCAAAUAUAGCACAGAAUCCCUGAAAACACGAUUGAAUCAAGUGGUUCUGAAUCCACCUGGUGAAACCUGGUUCUUCAAGCAACAAUUCCUGAAAACUGUAGCACAAACAGCCCCUGAUUAUUUAGUUGAAAAAUAUCCAGUUAAAGUGGAGGAGGGGGAAGAAUUGAUUGAAUUUGACCUCAUAAUUCAACCCAUGAGUAGUGAAAAUCCAGGAGUGAAGAUGCAGUCAGUAAAAAAAAAAAUUCUAAGUCAAUAUGUGUGUUCAGUCGAAGAAAUAUGCUUCGUUUCCAUCAGGAAAAGCGACAAUCGAAUGGAAAUAUCGCGUAUCAACGGUGUGCCUCAGUACUUUCUAAUGGAGAGUGAAGACUCUAUGAAAAGUUGUGUCGGUGCCUUAAACGGAUAUUAUCGCCUUAUGGAAAAAUGGACUUUUGAUUUAUGCGGUGAAUUGGUUACACCGUCUCUUGUCAGAUUAAGAAGCCUGAAGUGUCAUGGCCCUGUCGGGGAUUCAUUUGCUUAUGAUAAGUUACGAGUUAAACGUCAGAACAAACAAGGAUCUUACUUGUUACGUGAAAGUCAUCUCAGCUAUGAUGAACUUUUUUUGGAUGUUUGCCUGGAGGAUGGACAACCCGCAACAACAUUUUCAAUCAUUAAAUCAGCAGACGGUGCGUGGACUUUUGCUGGACUAGAGUGCCAGCCAUGCAACAACGUGCGCGAAUUGCUAGCAGUUCAGGGCAACGAGAAACGGCUAGGAAUUCCUGGAUUUGAGCUGAAAGAAUGUCUCCCAUCCUCGGAAAACGAUGUCUCGGAACUUUUGCUCUGUCGCCAUAAACCCAUUGAAUUGGAAAUGUCGCUCAGCCAGAGUGCAUUUUCGCAGUUACCUGUUUGCAUUCCAACCCAGUCUAUCCAGCUGUACGUAGGUGCUGGAUUCCAGUGUCAGUUUGACGGCCGCUUUACCACUGUUUAUCGCGGAGUAUGGCGACGAACAGCAGACGAACAAAUCCAAAUCGUUCAUAAACUUCUUAGGGCUGAAUACCGACAAUCCCAUUACCAAGCAUUCCUCGAGUCGGUUCAAAGGUCAAUGUUUUGGCGCACUGAAACACUUGUUCACGUUUACGGUAUCGUUUUGGAUGUUAAUUUGAGGGUCAUUAUGGAGUACUUCCCUCUGGGCCCAUUAGAUCAGUAUUUGCGAGAACGUGACUUGCCCAUCAUUGACUUGGUAGAAGCAGCCACAAACCUGGCCAAGGCAUUGUUUUACUUGGAAGAGAAAGGUUUUGUUCACGGUAAAGUCCGCUGCAGAAAUUUGAUGUUAGCAUCGCAUACCACCAAUUCUAUCCGAGUAAAGCUGACAGAUCCUGGAAUACUGUCCUAUUCCGACGACGAGUUACCUUGGAUACCCGUCGAAUUAUAUGAUUCAAUAGAGUUAGUACAUCGUAGAAGUACAGCUGACAUAUGGGCUUGUGGAACCUGCAUGUGGGAAAUAUUUUCAUACGGAGAGAAACCGUGUUCCGGAUUCAGCAAGAACAAAAUGAUUCAGGGUUUUCUGAGCGGAUGGAGGCCUCCAAGACCUGAAAAGUGCCUAGGGGAAAUUUAUCAUAUAAUGAUUGGUACUUGGAACCCAGAUGUUUCACUUAGACCAAAAGCUCAGUCUGUUAUGCGAGACGUAAACCAAAUUCUUUACGAAGUCUACAACUCGAGGCGUAGUAAUGUAUACGAAAUGGUCAAUGACCAGCGUUCGCUGAAUGGAAGCAUGGCAUCCGGAUUGACGGAAGCCACGACGCUCAGAGCCCUCUCCGAAAACCAUGAUACAAUUUCGUUUGACUCGCAGUUUGAUGACCACACUUUUCAAAAUCCCCACGCUUCCCUGAAUUUUCUACUUUCAAAUAUGGCGUUAAACGGUGGCUCGUCAUUGCAAUUUGAUGAUGAAGGCACAUCAGAAUUGGCUGCUGAAAUUUACGAAUUAGAGCGGAAAAAGUUAGAAGUGGGCAGAGUCCUCGGCCAGGGGAAUUACGGUGAAGUGCGCAUCGGAGUAAUUCGCCACAGCGAUGGCACGGAAGAAACCGUUGCCGUCAAGAAGCUCAAGAGCACAGCAAUGAAUAACCCGGAGAGUGUUGAUCUCCAACGUGAAUGCGCGAUCAUGAAGAGCCUGCAUCACCCAAACAUUGUUGAAAUCAAAGCCAUUGUCACCGAACCGUCUACGUUGCUAGUUAUGGAAUAUUUUCCAAUGGGCUGUCUGAUGGCUUAUUUACGCACUGAACAAGAAAGUAUUACCGACCAGCAGUUAAUCAAAUUUGCCACGGACGUGGCUGAGGGUAUGGCAUAUCUUGGUGAGAACAACAUUGUCCAUCGUGAUCUCGCGGCCCGCAAUAUUCUCGUGGCUGCUGUAGAUUUGGUAAAGAUUUCCGAUUUUGGUUUGGCUCGCCAAGUCGGCUAUAAUGGCUAUUACGCCGUACGGGAUCGUGGUCAAAAAUUACCUAUGCCUUGGUACGCACCAGAAAGUUUAGCUUAUGGGAAAUUCUCUGUCCAGUCAGACGUAUGGUCGUUUGGUGUCACGCUCUACGAAAUGUUUAGCAGAGGUCUGGAGCCUAAUUUUGUCAGUGGUGACCAAACUUUGUUGUUGAGAGCCUUACAGCAGGGGCGACGUUUACCUUGUCCUCCAGGCUGCAAGCCACUGAUCUAUCGUGACUUAAUGAAACCAUGUUGGGAUGCAGAAGCCUCUCAGAGGCCAUCUUUUAAAGCAUUGCUUGACAAAUUACGCUGCGUUGCGAAUCAGCUGUGAUAUUUGUAUCAAUCGCCUUUGUCACCGCCUGUUUGCAAACCUUUAUAUUAAGCCAAGAAGUCAGAGGCUAUCUCCGGCAUUGACCGAUGUUUUUACCUCAACCAAAUGGCCAUUCUUUUUUAACUUUCAGUUCUACCGAAAUUUCCAAUAACAAUAUGCUACUUUAAAAAUAACUUACUAAAAGAAAGUCAUUCCACUUUGGUUUGUAUACUUGCAUUUCUAAAAACUUAAUUCCUUUCUUCUUACAGAUUUGUUUUUUGUUUCUGAUAGAUAAUAUAGUUGUUGUUUCGUUUA